AUGGCUGCGGAAGAGGGACUCGUGGAUGGGGGCAUAGCCGGUAUUGUUCGCGCGCUUGAGCUCAUACAUAACCCGUCGUCAACGAACGAGCUCCGCAGAGAGGCUUUACAGUUCGUGGAGUCGCAGAAACAAAGUUCCUCUGCUGCUCGUAAUGGGUUCAUGCUAGCCUCUCGCAGAGAGAAUGAUGCAUUGGUGCGCUACUUCGGGUUGACCCUUCUCGACCACGUCCUCCGCAAUACUUCAUUCACCGCCACGGACGAGAUCACGAAUUUGAGGGACAUUGUGUUGAAGCUUGCCGAAUCCAUCCAACCGGAAGAUCCUACGUAUAUUCGCAAUAAGAUCCCACAGCUAUGGGCCGAAGUCGCCAAGCGGAGCUGGGGCCUGGAUUGGCUGGAUAUGGACCAGCGUCUUGUCCAAUUCUGGAACGCGAGCCUUGUGCACAAAGAACUUGUCCUGCUUGUUCUUGAGACGCUAUCAGACGAUAUUUUCUACAGGGAGGAUACUGUUUCGUCUUUGCGCGGAACAGAUCUUAACCGAGCUUUGGUAGAAAUCUGCACGCCACUGGCUGUAUUUGAACAAGCGUAUCCGGAACGCGACAACCACGUCGCUAUUCGCUGUGGCAAUGAGGGUUGGCUGACUCGGAUAUGCGAGUUUCUCCAGCAAUGCAUUGGAAGCGUACAGCACUCGAAGGAGGCAAAGGACGCUGCUUUGAAGGCUUUGGCUAACCUGAAGUCGGUGCUAGUGUGGUCAAUACCCAAAGCUAUCCAUCUCUCAGGCUGUGUUCCAAGCAUUGCUGGAGCUUUCACCUGUACUGAUGAGCAAGUACUACUGGCCGCCGUCGAGGCACUACAUGCGCUUUAUAGCAGGUCGGCCUAUGACAUUGAGGGCUUCCAACCAUUGGUACAUCUGAUGUACGAAACGGAAUCUCUAAAUGUAAUAUUGAAGCUAUUCCAGUGGUCAAUUGUUAGCCCAGAAGAUAUCGACGACACGAAGUACACAAUUUCCAAGAAGCUUUCAGAGAUGGUCUCUUAUGUUGCUGGAUUUCUCGAAGAAAAAGGCUUUUCAAUUGAAACUUCAGCUGGUGUGGACUUGCCAUUCUUUUUCCAUCUCAUGUUAAACGUUGUUCAGCAUCGCAGUCUCACCGUGUCGAUACCCGUUCUUCAUAUUUGGUCCAAACUAAUUGCCAAUCCAAAGAUUGGGAAUCUAGACGUUGUGAUCAACCUCAUCCCCCCACUACUAACCAUAUGUACUGAACGCCUUGUGCACUGGGAAUCUCUGCCCGCCGAUUCUGAGGAUCCCACCGUAAUUUUCCUUAAUGAAGAUAUAGACACCGUUCCGGAAAAACAUGCCUUUGUUGGAAACUAUCGACGGUAUUGUUCGUCCAUCAUUGAGACGAUAGUUCAGAAGCGGCCUGAAGAGGCUAUUCCACAUAUUCUUCUUGGGGUCGACAACAACUUAGAUAACCUGUACAGUGGAGUUGAGCCCUUCACUGCGAAAUCCUUCUCGAAGAACUCAGUGCCUUUGAUGCGCGCAGAUACGCAGUUUGCGGUAGUGGAGGCAACUCUGAAGGGGUACACAAAAUGGGUUGCAGUGCACGGGAGAAUGCCACAACAAGAUGAACAAAGGCGCGGCCAGUUAGAAAACAUUUUGGAAACAUGGGCGUACAAGUUGAUGCAAAGGAAUUUCGAAGACCCAAUUUUGAAACAACGCAUUGUGAAACUAGUUGUAGAUAUUUCCGCCAGAGCGCUUGAUAAAACACCUAGUUUCGCGCUCAAGGUCUUAGAGUACACUCUCAUGACACGUCUACCUGACCAACCCGAGUUUCCGAACUAUUCAGAAGCUGUGAAGGAGCUACACGGGCUGGCUAGCCACGAGCUGCGUCGACUUGCGACUCGCUAUGCUGACUACUUCUCUACCUUCUAUGACCUUCUAGAGCCAAAAAUUCAAGAGAUUACCAUGGCCAAUCGGGUGGACGACAAGCUUCACAUGGAGUUCACCUCAAUCCUACUUAUUAUUAUGCAACGUGCCAACAAUGUCGACCCGUUUCUGCGCCAGUCCCGCUUAGCAUCGUUUGUGGAACCGAUCAAGCAAGCCUGGCAGGAUGAUGAGAUCCGAAGUAAAUCUUCAACGUUUGAAGGGUUUUGCAACCUGCUAGGACUGCAGAACGUGGGCCCGUACAUGCAAUCAAAACAUGCUCAGAAGCUAGCAGAUUGGUCAGAGGUACCUCUUGAUGCGGAAGGCAAGCAGGUCCAGGAGGAAAUGACACAGAGAUUCCAGCAACUACCUUUGAGAGGCACAAAGACAAUGAUGGCGGUCUCCACUGACAAGCUCAAGAAAGCAGACCCGCCGUAUGAGAUCGCUUGUACUCUCUGGCACGACCUGAUCCCAAUUAUCUUGCCAACCCUAUUGCAACUUGUUAGCAACGCUCAUGCGUUCCACAAUCCGGAGAACUGGGCUGGCUUGCCCGGAGAUAUGUGGGGUAUCGUCGAGCGUAUAUUAACUGACAGAUUCUGGCAAGCCGGCAUAUCAAGUGGAAGUCGGGAUGAAUUCUAUGCUAAGAUCACUGCUUCGCGGACAUCUCUUGAGGGCUUCGCAUCCUCAGUCAGAGGGAAGGUCAGGGCAGUCAGGGAAUCUUGCUACUCGAUGCUCUUCAGCAUGAGUAGGUUGCGUGAACAUUUCUACGGGUUUGCGGAACUACCUGGUCCUUUAUCCCAAGCACUGUUCAAGGACUCCUCCCAUCUCUCCUCCCAUCAGUUCUCCGUCCUUCUCAACAUCUCUAGAUGCAUAAUUGACGACUGCCCUGUCCGCUUCCGAAGCCAAUUUUUGCCACCAAUGCUGUCCACACUAUUUGUUAAUAUUGACCGAAAGGUCACUUCCGAAUGGGAAUCCAUUGAGCAAAGGAAGGCAGGUCUGGGAGAUGGCGACCUGGCUGAUGAAAUGAAAUCAGAGAGCAUCCUGCGACAACUGACGUACUCCGCGGUUAUUAUGGUAGCAAGCCUCCUGGACCCGCAACGAGGAGGUAUGCAGCCAGUGCAGAAAUCAGCAGCUUUGCCCAUCAAGCUAACCCUUUUCUACGUAGACCCUGACGAAGAACCUACGGACCCAAGCGCUCCUCAACCGCUCCCCGCACUCUCAGAUUCCAUCCGACACUUUGUCCUCUCAUCCACUGAGAUUUUCGAGCCAGUGAUGCUCUUCUGCACCCACGCACUGCGCAUGCGCGAUACCCGGUGCUGCAGCAUUAUAACGCGAGUUAUCCGAUCCAUUCUGCAGGACUUUGCCCCUCCCCACAACUCACAAACAGUCGUAACCAUCCGCGAAUUCAUUUCUUCUGAAGUACUCAAGGCUUGCAUCACCUCCGUGCACGAGCCCUAUUUCGUCGACAUGCAAAAAGACCUUGCCCAACUCAUCGCGUCUAUAUGGGUUCUCUACGGUUCGAGCACACCCACACCAAAGGCUCUCAUUCUCAGCCUUCCUGGCAUGACCGAGGAACGGGUAGCAAGCACUGAAGCUGCCCUCGUGCGCUCCACAUCCGCCCGCCAACAACGCGCUUUAGUUCUUGACCUCUUGGAGGGACUAAGAGGUGUCAGCAUUGCCGAACAAGGCAAAAUAUUGGGAUCACGCGAAGAGCGCCGCAAGGCGCGCAGUGCUCUCCAGGAAAGAUAUAUGAGCAAUGAAAUGGAGGGUCAACAAACCCACAAGGUCGAUAUAAAUGAUGGGCCUGAUCUUUCCGGUGUUGCGGACAUGUUUGGUUAA